CGGGAUGGAGUCGAGCAGUAUGGGAUGGAGCAGGACAGGAUGGAGCGGGGCGAGGUGAUGCGGGGCGAGUUGGUGCGGUGCAGGAUGGAGCGGAGAAGACUGGGGUGAUGCGGUGUGGCGUGAUGAACCCGGGGUCGGUGCCGCCGGUGCUGCGGGAGCCGCCGGUGCUGCGGGAGCCCCGGGAGCCGCCGGUGGCGGUGCAGCCCGGAGUCGAUGCUGCGGGAGCCCCGGGAGCCGCCGGUGCUGCGGGAGCCCCGGGAGCCGCCGGUGGCGGUGCAGCCCGGAGUCGGUGCUGCGGGAGCCGCCGGUGCUGCGGGAGCUGCCGGUGGCGGUGCAGCCCGGAGUCGGUGCUGCGGGAGCCGCCGGUGCUGCGGGAGCUGCCGGUGGCGGUGCAGCCCGGAGUCGAUGCUGCGGGAGCCCCGGGAGCCGCCGGUGCUGCGGGAGCCCCGGGAGCCGCCGGUGGCGGUGCAGCCCGGAGUCGGUGCUGCGGGAGCCGCCGGUGCUGCGGGAGCUGCCGGUGGCGGUGCAGCCCGGAGUCGGUGCUGCGGGAGCCGCCGGUGCUGCGGGAGCCGCCGGUGGCGGUGCAGCCCGGAGUCGGUGCUGCGGGAGCCCCGGGAGCCGCCGGUGGCGGUGCAGCCCAGAGUCGGUGCCGCGGGAGCCGCCGGUGCCGCGGGAGCCCCGGGACGGGGCGGGGCUGCCCCGUGUGGUUCCGGGUCGCGUUGGCGAUGGCGGCGCCCAUGGAGCUGUUCUGCUGGGCGGGGGGCUGGGGGCUCCCCUCGGUGGACCCGGACUGUCUGGCCGUGCUGACCUACGCGCGGUUCACGGGGGCGCCGCUCAAAGUGCACCGGGUCAGCAGCCCCUGGAGGAGCCCCUCCGGGCACCUGCCCGCACUGAAGACGCGGGACGAGGGCACCAUCUCCAAAACCCAUCAGAUCAUAACACACCUCAGGAAACAGAAGUAUAACGCGGACUACGACCUCUCGCCCACGCAGGGAGCGGACACGCUGGCCUUCGUGUCCCUACUGGAAGAGAAACUGCUGCCGGUGUUGCUCCACACCUUCUGGGUGGACGCAAAGAACUACGUGGAGCACACGCGGAAAUGGUACGCGGAAACCAUUCCUUUCCCCCUCAACUUCUUCCUGCCCAACUGCAUGCACAAGCGGCACCUGGAGCGGCUGCAGCUUCUGUGGGGGGACGGCUACAUGGAGGAUGAGGAGAAGCUGGAAAAGGAGCUCUACCGGGAUGCUCGGGAAUGCUUGACGCUCCUGUCCCAGCGCCUCGGCUCCCAGAAGUUUUUCUUCGGAGACUCACCGGCCUCGCUCGACGCCUUCGUCUUCAGCCGCCUGGCGCCGCUCCUGAAGGCGAAGCUGCCCAACGGGAAACUGCAGCAGCACCUGAAAUCCCUGCAGAAUCUGUGCAACUACUGCACCUCCAUCCUCAGCCUCUACUUCCCCUGGGACGGAGGUGAGCCGCCAGCCAGCGCCCCACGGGCUGCGGGCGCCAGCAGCGGUGAGGUGGAGGAGGACCCCCACAAACGGCGUAAGCAGCUCCUCUCGGUGCUGGUGGGGCUGGUGGCCAUGCUGGGCUACGCCUUCCUGAGCGGCAUCGUCUCCAUCCAACACGGCAGCGUGGAACCAGCUGCCCGCCAGCCCAUCACCCUGGAGGACGAGGAAGAGGAGGAGGAAGAGUGAGGAGGAGCUGCGUGCUUGAGUAGCGGACAGCAGCCGUGGGGCUGAGCACUCCUCUCCCCCCAUCACAUCGCUGCCUUCCAGCUGUUGGGCACAGCUGGCACCGGGUCCUGUGGGCUUGUUGCCACGCGGCCACCAGCCCGGCUUCCCCGAGAGCCGCAGCACAGCAGAAACCAGCGGCAAAGGAACCCAGGCUCCUCAGCAGGAUGUGACCCAGCCCUCAUUCCCCACCUCAAGGCUCUUUGGAGAUGGGAUAAAUAUGGGACUUGAAGGUUUUUAGCUUCCUAAAAGCAUCUGUGAGCAUCUCAGCGGGGUCCCCUGUCCUUUCCUCAGCAGCCGUGGGGCUGAGCACCCCUCCUCUCCCCCCAUCGCAUCGCUGCCCUCCGGCCGCUGGGCAGAGCUCACACCGGGUCCCGUGGGCUUGUUGCCACAUGGCCACCAGCCCGGCUUCCCUGAGAGCCGCGGCGUGGCGAGGAACCAGCCCUGUGCCGGCUGCCUGCCACAGCAGAAACCAUCUGCAAGGGAGGCUCAGCUCCUCAGCAGGAUUUGACCCCAAUUCGGAGGGCGCGAGCCCUCCCCAUCCCUCGGAGCCCAGCUCCCCGCUGCGGCGCGAGCAGGGUGGCGAGCGGUGGUGGCUGCAGCAGGAAUCCUUCUGGCGCUGACAGCUCUGUUUGCGUUCCUCCACGCUUGCCAACAACAGGGAGUUCCUCGCAGCUGGCACUGCCAAAACCACGGAGCGCGGUGAGCUCCACGACCGGCAUCUGAAGGUGUGUGGGCUGCAGAGCAGGGGCUG